UGCGCGAGACAAUUUAUUGACAAAUUUAAUCAAGAAAAUUGAGGAAAGGUCGCCUCUAGGAUCUCCAAAACGGAUCCCUGAAAUUUUGGCACCCAGAACUCCAUCUCGUCUAAACUCUAAACAAAUAUCGAUUGACUUCAUUGAUGAAACUGACUAUGCACAGCUUUUAAAUGACGCUAUCCUUUCAACCGACAAAGACCUCAUGGCCGAUCCGAAGAAACCGAACCGUGCAGGCUCAACGGCAUUGAUCGCGCUGAUCGCAGGAUCUAGGCUGUUUGUGGCAAAUGUGGGCGAUUCCAGAGGCAUCAUGUGCGACUCUGAGGGCAAAGCUGUGCCUCUAUCUGUUGACCAUAAACCUUUUCAGAAAAGCGAGCGCCUAAGAGUGGAGGCCGCCGGCGGGACGGUCAAAUUCGCGGGCGGCGCUUGGCGCGUCAACGGUCACGUCUCCGUAUCCCGGAUGUUGGGCAACAGGCUCGCGGACAAAAAAAGUCGUCAUCUCAUCGCGGAUCCUGACAUCCUAACUUUCGAACUUUGCCACCACAAACCGCGCUUCCUGGUCCUCGCCUCGGACGGGCUCUGGGACGUCUUGUCCAACGAGGAGGUCGUCGAUUUCCUCGCUCCCCGACUCCAAGAGGAAUAUCUCGGCGCCAGGAGUCUCGCUUACUACGCCUACCUCCGCGGGUCCGGGGAUAAUAUCACCGUCGUCGUUAUCGACUUGAGGAACAGGAAAUGGAGGUGUUCGAGGAGAUCCCCUCGACGAGGAUCUUGGUCUCCGAGGAGGUCCGCGUCGUCGGAUCGAGGGAGCAGAAACCGCGACGGGAAAACAAGUUCCAACCGGGAAUAUCCCUAACACUGAGAAAGAAGCUUCGGCUCUCACAGCCGUGAUGGACCACUAGACAAGGUACAAGUUUAAGCAUUCUGAUGCAUGUUUCUUCGCCAAAAUUUAACGUAGAACACGAUUUGCGCAACGAAAAUUACUGAAAUACACUCCUGACCAAUAUAUUUGAUGUUUCUUGACGCGUGAAUUCAAACCUCCCGCUAAUGAAAACUCAGUGGUCCACGUAGCCAGAUUGCACACUAAGAAUUACCAUGACACGCUCUGCAAACUCAAUCUUGACGCGCUUUGGCUCAGCUGUGGCAAAUUGCGUAUGGUUUGAACAACACAUGGUGGGAAAUGAACACUGCUCGAUUAAUGUGCUUGCUAAAGCCGUUGUAGUGUGCGAUUUGACUCACGUAGAGCUUUGAGUUUCUUGUCAGCG